AUGAAGGACGAGAGCCGACGAGCCGGGCGUCUCGGCGUGCGGUCCUUGGCGAAGAAGACGGUUUGUUUGAUCCAGGCGCUCACUAGGAACACUAGACGUACUCGGAAAGAAGAUGGAGUGAGGGUAGUUGGGGUCCAGCCAAAACUGUGCUACGACAGCGAUUCAUCGAUUACUCUUCCAUCGCUCAAUUCCUUCAACCCAUCGUUUGGGGACUUCUGGACCGACUUCGAACCACGCAAUCAUGACCACGCAUCCGACUUCGCCACGCAUGGGCAAUCACAGUCGAACUUCUUCGUCAGGUUGCCGCAGGAGAUUCGGGAGAUGAUUUACCAGGAGCUCUGGCGUGACUCUGGAACCGCUCAGCAUAUCAUCCGCACGCCGGCCGGGUACACCCACUGCCGCUGUGUAUUCGAUCAGUCUGGGAAGUCCGGCGGGCGAGAUGGAGAUGACGAUCUCUGGGAGGCUAUGUGGAUGGUGCCUGAUGCUCGUGGAUCGGGUCCCUUAUGGUACAAGCGGGAGAUGUCGAGCUGGGGUGAUCACUGGAAAUGUGAGGAGGCAAGAGAAGAGAAGGAGAUAUGGAAGGAUAUUGCGAGGGGGUGCCACUGCAUCAAGGUCGACACAUGGACGGCCUUCCUACCGAUGAUGUUGACUUGCAAGCGGAUGUAUCACCAAUGCGCGGCAUCCCUCUACCAAUCCCUAAACUUCACAAUCACCGACAUCACCCUCGCCAGAAGCCUAUUCGGAAUUCGAUAUCGCGGUUCCGCCGGCCACCCGUUCCGGCGCAUCAACCUCUCCUUACGACGACACGUUCACGAGGGGACGAGUUUCGCACAAUGGCUCAAAUCCUGGAGCGCCAUCCUCCGCCUACUCGACACGCCCGAGUUGACAUCCGUCUACCUCUGGCUCGACAGCGACAUAUGCCACGAACGGCACUGGCUCUCGAUCGCCGCCAACGUCCGCCGCCGGAUCCCGGAGUCGCUGACCCACAAAGUCGCCGUCAGCCUCCCGCCGUACGAGCCCCGAGACCGAGAUGCGGAGCCGGUGUGGCUGGGCGUCGACGAGGCGCCGUCGGGUCCGGCCCCGGACGCGACGGAUGGCCACGCGGACGAGGCGAAGUGUUUCGGCGUGAGACGGCUGCGGACGUGA